AUGAGUUAUCGACCUGAAGAACGGUUAUCAAAAAAGGAGUUUUGGGAAGAGUGUUAUAAUAGAGAAUUAGAAAACUUUGAGAACGAUAAAAAUGACAUUGGAGAAGUUUGGUUUGGGGAAGAUAUUGCAGAACAAGUUGUAGAGCGAUUAGAAGAAUUUGCAACAAAAGAAAUGAAAAUUUUAGAUGUUGGGUGUGGGAAUGGAUACACAUUAUCAUUAUUAGGCAAAGAAGGAUAUCAACACUUAUAUGGAAUGGAUUAUUCACCAGCAUCAAUUAAAUUUACAAAAAAAGUUUUAGAACAAGAAGGGAUUGAUUUGAAUACAGUGACUAUUGAACAAAUGGACAUACUGGAACCUAACUGUCUUGAACAUUCCCAAAUUCAAGAGAUGGAUGUUGUAAUUGAUAAAGGAACAUUUGACGCGUUGAUGGUUGCAGAGAAUCAAAAAGAACGAGCUGCUCAAUAUAAAAAAGUAUUGAAUCAAUGGUUAAGUAAGGGGGGAUAUUUUAUUAUUACAUCAUGUAACUGGACAGAGGACGAAUUAGUCAAUUGGUUAGGUGAAGGAUUAGAAGAAGAAGAUAAAAUUGCAGAUGGAAAUUUUGAAUUUGGAGGGUCUCAAGGAUCUAAAACAACAACUAUUUUUUUUAAAAAAAUAAUAAAUUAA